UCUGAACGUACCCUAAAGUGUGCUCAGCCAAGCAUUGAAACUGAAACUGAAACUGUUCGCAAAUUUUUCUUUUAUAUACGUAUUAUGGCAAACGGUUUUGAACAAUCGUGAAUAGUGAAUUGAAAUUUUAAGUUAUUAUAUUAUAUUGCAGUCAAUGGAAUAGAUUCCACGACCAAGCAUUAUCAACAACAACUAUACCACGUGUUGUAAACUUUAACCUAAAAAAACCUCUGUUACAUUUGUGUUACAUAGAUCUGUUUUCUUUUAAAAUUUGUUUAUGCAAAUUAAAAUGAUGAAUAAUUGUGAUUUAAUAAGGACCAUAGAGGACGAUCAAGAGGUAACGGAUUAUUCGGAAAAAUCGGACGAAGAAGACGAUUUCCAACCACGAAAGCAAAAAAAGAAAGAGAGUAAAGAUUUUGACAGUAAUUUUGAAUUUAUAAAUAAUGUCGCUGAAUAUAAUCAAGAUACUUGGAAUGAUCUAAAGAAAUAUAUUAAACGAAAAGUAACAACGAAAUUAGAUGAUAAAAUAAAGAAAAUCAGGAAGCAAAGCAACAAACAGACUGGGAUAGAUAAUGAUCCUAUUAAAGUUGAAGCUGAAACAGAUCAGGAUGAUAAUUCUAUUUUGCUAUCUGAGGAUGAUCUUAAAAAAGAUUUUUUUAAAACUAAGGAAAAGAAAGGAAAAAGAAAAAAUUCUGCUAAAGAGAAGGAUGAAAAAACUAUUGAUUUUGAAGAAUGUACAAACUUUGAAAUUGAUGCUACAUUUUAUCAGAUGAAUUUAUCCAGGCCUUUGUUAAAGGCAAUAACAACAAUGAAGUUUUUGAGUCCAACUCCCAUACAAGCUGCUACAAUACCAGUGGCUUUAAUGGGCCGUGAUAUAUGUGGUUGUGCAGCAACAGGAACUGGUAAGACUGCUGCCUAUAUGCUUCCAACAUUGGAAAGAUUAAUAUAUAAACCACUGGAUGGAUCUGCUGUCACAAGAGUUCUCGUACUUGUACCUACCAGAGAACUAGGAGUGCAAGUUUAUCAAGUGACAAAACAACUAUCUCAAUUUACAUCAGUAGAAGUUGGUUUAUCUAUUGGUGGAUUGGAUGUGAAAGUACAAGAGAGUGUAUUAAGAAAAAAUCCAGAUAUUGUGAUAGCAACACCUGGAAGAUUGAUCGAUCAUUUAAGAAAUACACCUACUUUUUCAUUAGAUACUAUCGAAGUAUUAAUUCUGGAUGAAGCUGAUAGGAUGUUAGAUGAAUACUUUGCUGAACAAAUGAAAUACAUUGUGAAUCAAUGCUCAAGAAGUAGACAAACUAUGUUGUUUUCUGCUACUAUGACUGAAGAAGUCAAAGAUUUAGCCGCAGUGUCUCUCGAUAAACCUAUCAAAAUAUUUGUAGAUAGCAAUCAAGAUGUAGCCUUCAAUUUGCGCCAAGAAUUUAUUCGUAUACGUAAAGAGAGAGAAGGAGAUCGCGAGGCGGUAUUAGCGGCCUUAAUCUGCCGAACUUUUCAUGAUCACGUUAUGGUUUUUGUGCAAACAAAAAAACAAGCACAUAGAUUGCAUAUUUUGUUGGGACUAUUAGGAGUAAAAGUUGGAGAGCUUCAUGGUAAUCUCACGCAGCCACAACGACUGGAAAAUUUGCAGAAAUUUAAAGAUGAGAUAAUCGAUAUUUUAAUAGCAACCGACGUUGCUGCGAGAGGUUUAGACAUAAGUGGUGUGAAAACUGUUAUUAACUUUGUGAUGCCUGCUACUCUUCAACAUUAUAUACACAGAGUCGGGAGAACUGCGAGAGCAGGACGCGUGGGUGUUUCUGUGUCAUUAGCCGGCGAACAGGAACGUUUCUUGGUGAAGGAAGUUAUCAAACGAGCCAAGAAUCCUGUUAAGAACAGGAUAAUACCACCAGAUAUAAUAGAAAAAUAUAAUAAAAAGUUACAAUCUCUGGAACCAAAUGUGGAGAAGAUUCUGCAGGAAGAAAAAAGUGAGAGAGAACUAGCCAAAAUUGAAAACCAAGCGAAUCGCGCUGAGAAUCUACUCAAAGAUUCAGAGAACAAAGAUCAGCGAAGUUGGUUCCAAUCUAAAAAGGAAAGAAGAAUGGAAAAAGAAAAUCUUCAAUUAACCGAGAGAUCAACUGUUAAAAAUAAAAAAUGCGAAAAGAAGCCUUCCAAUAUAGUAGAGGAUAAAAAGAAGAAGGUGCAAAACGAGCCUAAAAAGGAUACGGCCGAAGAUAGAGCCAAAAAAGAGUUAGAUAAGAUCGCAGCUUAUCAAGCGCGAUUGACUAAGAGGAAAAACAAGCCGAAGAAAAUUAAAACAAUUAUAGAUGACAGUAACCGUGACUUUUCUAGAAAAGGAUCAUUAAAACGAUCAAAGUCAUCAUUCGCCGCUGAUUUAACGGACACGAGCAAAAAAAGUGUUAAAAGAAUGCGUUAUGAGGCCAAUACUAGGAAUAAACAAAAUAUGCAACGUAAAAAUAAAUCCACUACAGGGAGAGUCCACAAAAAAUCGUUUAAAAAACAUUAACUUUGUAAUACAACUCAAUUGUUAUAAACGUACAUUGUUAUAAACGUAUGCCACACUUUACUUGA